AUGGUCAGAAAAGAGUUUUUUGCUGAGCGCGAUGAGAUUGCAAAAGAGAGACGUCGUCUCCAACGGGAAAGAAACGGCUUUACCGCAGACCCAGAAAAUGGAGUUGAAUACUAUAAGAUCUCGUUUGGUUGUCCAGCCCCAAGUCACGAGAUGAUCAAGGAGUUUAUCCGCUGGUACAUUGGUUCUACUGAAGGCCGACUAAACGAGAACGGAUGA